GUCAAAGUGCAUCCUGCAUGUUGAGGUUGUCUGAACUGGUGAAUCUGCAUCCAUUCAAAUUUACUUGGGACUAAACCCUUUAAUAAGGUUGCAGGAAUGGCUGAAGUAAAAAGUCCGUGGAAGGUGUUUAUAGAGGUUUUAAGUACUCUGAAGUUCGUAAUGACCUUUCUUUUCUUAGGAGUGGCUUGUUAUAUCUUGUUCGUGUAUCUGAUGUUUACCUCGCUGUGGCCACUCUCAACUCUGUACUUCAUAUGGCUGGUGAUGGACUGGCACACUCCUGAAAGAGGGGGCAGGCGGACAGCAUUUGUGAGGAAGUGGAAAGUGUGGGAGCAUGUCAGAGACUUUUUCCCCAUCAAAUUGGUGAAGACAGCCGAGUUGAAUCCGAACAGAAACUACAUCUUGGGCUACCAUCCACAUGGCAUCAUGGGCGCUGGAGCGUUCACCUGCUUCGGCACAGAUAGCUGUGGAAUCUUAGAGAUGUUUCCAGGGAUUCGACCGAGCCUAGCUGUACUGGCCGGGCUCUUCAGGAUACCAUUCUUUAGGGAUUACAUAAUGAGCUCAGGCCUUUAUCCAGUCAGCAAACAGAGCCUUGGCCACCUUCUUACGAAGAGUGGCAAGGGAAAUGCAGUGGUGAUUGUGAUAGGGGGCGCUGCUGAGUCCCUGGCCUCCACUCCUGGAGUUAACACAGUGUUAGUGAAGCAGAGAAAGGGAUUUGUCAGGGUGGCCCUGGAGUUUGGGGCGGACCUGGUGCCUGUUUACGCCUUUGGGGAGAAUGAACUCUUCAAGCAGGUGAUUUUCCCAGAGCGAAGUCUAAGACGCAGGAUACAGGACCUGUUUAAAAGCAUUAUGGGUUUUGCCCCAUGUCUAUUUGCCGGUGAGCACUUUGUGAUCCUGCCUUACAGGAUUCCCGUCAUCACUGUGGUGGGAAGCCCCAUUCCAGUACCAAAGCGGGUCGCACCUACCGAGGAGGAAGUCGACCACUAUCACAGAAUUUACAUAGAGGCCCUGUGCAAGUUAUUCCACGAACACAAGGUCAGCUGUGGCCUCCCUGAGAGUCAAAAGCUGCGGAUCAUUUAGACAUUUGAAUUGCCACAUGCACUGGGUAGCUGUGUUUUUAUUUUCUGCUUGAAAUGUGGCUGAUGGUGUUGAUCUGAUGAAAUGGACUUGAUUUUAAACAACAGACUGACCAAGGACAUUCCUGUCUUCGUACGGCAAGUUCUGCCUGAACUUGAAAGUUAAGAGGAAAUGUGCAUUAUAAAACAAAACAUAAAAGAUGUAUUUUUGAUAUAUAUCACAUUAUGAAAAAUGCUUGCAUGCUUCUCUGUUUUCAUGGUUAUGUCUGCCAAAAAGGUUGCAUUUACCCUUAUGGUUGGCUUGUUUCUAUACAAGAUUAAAACUACUGGACUAAUUACUACAAAACUGGAGGGAUGGGAUUGGUAUGGAUUAGGGAAACAACCAUUAAAUAUUGUUGUGGAUGUGGACCAGGAAUUUUACAUGAUAAUCAAAACAAGAUUGAAACUCAGGUGUUAUCAUUUUUCUUUCAUCUGUCAUUUAUAAAAAAAGGUAUGAUAAAGGGCCAUCAUCAGAACUGGUUCAUGAUGCUGCUUAAGGCUAUAGUUGUAUUAUAUUGUCCCAGUCUAUAGAGCAGGAGGCAAAAGUUGUGUUAUUUUCCUUCAACAGAUCAUAAUUGCUCUUGCACUAGUGCAAAACUUCUAUAAUUUACUAUUGUGCACUGUGCAGAUGUCAAAUGAAAUGUUUAGCAGACGUCCACAUUGGUAAUUCAACUGUUUGACCAGCCGAGGGCAACAAUUGCUCACACCUUCCUCAACUCCUUUACCAGGAGGGUUGAGGGUCUGGGAACUUGAGGCCACAAUGAAAAUGUGCUUAACCAUAUCUGGACACAAAAACACACCUAAUGUAAAUUAAAUCAUUGUGUUUUCCAUCACAGCAAAAACUAAAAUUGUUUUGUGCAGACAUCUUAGAUUAAAUGUAGACAUGAGCAAAAAAGGAUAUCCGGGGUCUGGGAUGAAUUUCGUGGUGGGUUUCAGCUGCUUUUCUAAAU